GGGCCUAGCGGAGGAGCCACUACACAUCCGGCGUCUUCACAAACGCCGGCUCACUCGUUCGGAUCCGUCUCUCCUUCCUCCUCCUUCCCCCAAACCCCAGAUCUCGUCGAGCCGCCACCACCCCCUGCGUCGAAGAUGAGGGAGUGCAUCUCGAUCCACAUCGGACAGGCCGGUAUCCAGGUCGGGAACGCGUGCUGGGAACUUUACUGCCUCGAGCACGGCAUCCAGCCUGAUGGCCAGACCUCCGGUGACAAGACUAUCGGAGGUGGUGAUGAUGCCUUCAACACUUUCUUCAGCGAGACUGGCGCUGGGAAGUACGUGCCCCGUGCGGUCUUCGUCGAUCUCGAGCCCACCGUGAUCGACGAGGUGCGCACGAGCGCCUACCGCCAGCUUUUCCACCCUGAGCAGCUCAUCAGCGGCAAGGAGGAUGCGGCCAACAACUUCGCCCGUGGUCACUACACAAUCGGCAAGGAGAUUGUGGACCUCUGCCUCGACCGCAUCCGCAAGCUGGCCGACAACUGCACUGGCCUCCAGGGCUUCCUGGUCUUCAAUGCCGUCGGUGGCGGAACUGGGUCUGGUCUGGGCUCGCUCCUCCUCGAGCGCCUGUCCGUGGACUACGGAAAGAAGUCCAAGCUCGGCUUCACCGUGUACCCAUCUCCUCAGGUGUCGACCUCUGUGGUCGAGCCCUACAACAGCGUGUUGUCCACGCACUCGCUCCUGGAGCACACCGACGUCUCCAUCCUGCUCGACAAUGAGGCCAUCUACGACAUCUGCAGGCGCUCCCUGGACAUCGAGAGGCCCACCUACACCAACCUCAACCGCCUCGUGUCCCAGGUGAUCUCAUCACUGACCACUUCCCUGAGGUUCGAUGGAGCCCUGAACGUGGAUGUUACCGAGUUCCAGACCAACCUGGUCCCGUACCCAAGGAUCCACUUCAUGCUCUCGUCCUACGCUCCUGUCAUCUCCGCCGAGAAGGCCUACCACGAGCAGCUCUCCGUGUCCGAGAUCACCAACAGCGCCUUCGAGCCAUCGUCCAUGAUGGCCAAGUGUGACCCUCGCCACGGCAAGUACAUGGCCUGCUGCCUCAUGUACCGGGGCGACGUGGUGCCCAAGGACGUGAACGCGGCCGUGGCCACCAUCAAGACCAAGCGCACCAUCCAGUUCGUGGACUGGUGCCCCACUGGGUUCAAGUGCGGCAUCAACUACCAGCCGCCCACCGUGGUGCCCGGCGGCGACCUCGCCAAGGUGCAGCGCGCCGUCUGCAUGAUCUCCAACUCCACCAGCGUCGUGGAGGUGUUCUCCCGCAUCGACCACAAGUUCGACCUCAUGUACGCCAAGCGCGCCUUUGUCCACUGGUACGUCGGCGAGGGCAUGGAGGAGGGCGAGUUCUCCGAGGCCCGUGAGGACCUGGCUGCCCUGGAGAAGGACUACGAGGAGGUCGGCGCUGAGGGAGGCGACGAUGAGGACGGCGAGGAGGACGACGACUACUGAGAUGAUCGCUCCUCGGGGAAUUCGAUUCCUCUGCUUAUCUUUACUAUCAUGCUGUGCUGUGCUAAAAACUUUUGUGCUGGGGUCUCGGGUUGUGAAGCUGUCGGUGCUUCUGUGUCGUUGUUGAGCUGCUUCAUGUAGUGCUUCCGUGGAACAAGUAUCUCGCUUAAUUUGUUCUGUCUGUUCGAGUUUGAGUUUUUCUUGGCAAACUGGGUUGUUUUUUGUUGUCGUGAUUUAUGCACGAAUCAGAGUUGUGAA